AUGGCUCUCCCUCCCAAGUUUGCCGGGCACAAGCUGCUCUUUGCCCCGCCGCCCGCCGCGCCAUCAUCAACAUCAUCCUCCGUGCCGCACACGACGCACACGCUCGAGCUCUACCUCGACUACUGCUGCCCCUUCUCCGCCAAGCUCUUCCGCGCGCUGCGCACCGUCGUCACGCCGCUCGUGCGCGCCAACCCCUCGUGGUCGCAGAACCUCGCCGUCGUCUUCCGCCAGCAGGUGCAGCCGUGGCACCCGUCGUCGACGCUGCUGCACGAGGCCGCCCUCGCCGUCCUGCAGCUCGAGCCCGCCCAGUUUUGGGACUUUAGCGCCGCGCUCUUUGACGCGCAAAAGGACUUCUUCGACAUCAGCGUGGUCGGCGAGACGAGAAACGAGACGUACAAGCGCCUGGCCAAGAUUGCGGGCGCGGUCGGCGUCGACGAGGCCGAGGUGUACAUGCGCCUGGCCAUCCCGGACAAGCCGGACAGCGAGGACGCGCUGAAUGUCGGCAACCAAGUCACCAACGACCUCAAGCUGGUGACCAAGAUGAACAGGCUCAUUGGCGUGCACGUCACGCCCACUGGUGUCUUUGACGGCGUGGUGCAGGACAUUGGCUCUUCGUGGGGUGAGAAUGAGUGGAAGGAGUGGCUUACGAAGAAUGUAGUUUAA